CCCAGUCCGUCCGGCGGCCUGCACGCUCCUACCCUACCGGGAGCCGCCAUGGCCGACAAUCCUGUGUUGGAGCUGUUGCUGAGGCGGCUGGAGGCGGCUGAUGGCGGCCUGGACAGCGCGGAGCUGGCUGCUCAGCUGGGCGUGGAGCACCAGGUGGUGGUGGGCGCGGUGAAGAGCCUGCAGGCUCUGGGUGAGGUCAUUGAGGCUGAGCUUCGUUCCACCAAGUGCUGGGAGCUGACUGCUGAGGGUGAGGAGAUUGCCCGGGAGGGCAGCCAUGAGGCCCGUGUGUUUAGAAGCAUCCCUCUCGAGGGCCUGGUGCAGAGUGAGCUCAUGCGGCUGCCCAUUGGCAAGGUGGGCUUCAGCAAGGCCAUGUCCAACAAGUGGAUCCGAGUGGACAAGAGCGCGGCCGACGGGCCCCGGGUGUUCCAAGUGGUGGACAGUAUAGAGGACGAAGUACAGAGGCGGUUGCAGCUGGUCCAGGCACGCCAGGCUGAGAAGCUGACUGAGAAGGAAAGGAAUGAGCUCCGGAAGAGGAAGCUGUUGACUGAAGUGAUCCUGAAAACGUACUGGGUGAGCAAGGGCAAGGCCUUCAGCACAAGUGUGUCCAAGCAGGAGGCAGAACUGAGCCCAGAGAUGAUCUCCAGCGGCUCCUGGAGGGACCGGCCCUUCAAGCCCUAUAACUUCUCUGCCCGAGGUAUGCUCCCAGACAGUGGCCACCUGCACCCAUUGCUCAAGGUCCGCUCCCAGUUCCGGCAGAUCUUCCUGGAGAUGGGGUUCACUGAGAUGCCCACAGACAACUUCAUUGAGAGCUCCUUCUGGAAUUUUGAUGCACUUUUCCAACCUCAGCAGCACCCAGCACGUGACCAACAUGACACAUUCUUCCUGAAAGAUCCCGCUGAGGCCCUGCAGCUACCAAUGGAUUAUGUCCAGCGGGUGAAACGGACCCACUCCCAGGGCGGCUAUGGCUCACAGGGUUACAAGUAUACCUGGAAGCUAGAAGAGGCCCGGAAAAACCUGCUUCGUACACACACCACAUCAGCCAGUGCCCGCAUCCUCUACAGCUUAGCCCAGAAGAAGCCCUUCACACCAGCUAAGUACUUCUCCAUUGAUCGUGUGUUCCGGAAUGAGACACUGGACGCCACACACCUGGCUGAGUUCCACCAGAUUGAGGGUGUGAUAGCUGACCAUGGGCUCACCCUGGGCCAUCUCAUGGGUGUGCUGAGGGAGUUCUUCUCUAAGUUGGGAAUCACCCAGUUGCGCUUCAAACCAGCCUACAACCCCUACACAGAGCCCAGCAUGGAAGUGUUCAGCUACCACCAAGGUCAGGGAUGGGAAACUGGAUACAGAGGGAUGUCUGAGGGGCCUCACAUUUGGCCUGGCCUCCCCUUUGUCCCCACAGGUCUAAAGAAGUGGGUAGAAGUCGGCAACUCUGGGGUCUUCCGCCCUGAGAUGCUCCUGCCCAUGGGACUCCCUGAGAAUGUGUCUGUUAUUGCUUGGGGUCUCUCCCUGGAGCGGCCAACAAUGAUCAAAUAUGGCAUCAAUAACAUCCGAGAGCUGGUGGGCCACAGGGUGAACCUGCAGAUGGUAUAUGACAGCCCUGUGUGCCGCCUGGACAUUGAGCCCAGGUCUCUACAGACACAGGCCGUAUAAUACAGGUUGCCCCAGAGAGCCCUGUGCUGUCCCUAUGCAUCCCUCAGCGGUGACCUCUAACAUUUAUGAGGCCUCUGUGAGGCCAGUGCACUCCCUCUGCCUCACCCACCCAGGGGCAGGGUCCUGAGUACAGGAAGUAGGUUUCUUGUGCUCGUCUCUAGUGGUGCAUGUAGUAUGCCUCUAAGGGUGGGUUAGGGCCCUGCGGGUCGGCUCUUGUCUAAUAAAGUGGGCACUUCCCUCAUGUGGUGCCUUUCCUUAUGA